AGGCAUGCAGCCGGUGUUCUGGAGUCGUGAGGACGUCGCUCAGUGGCUUCGGUGGGCCGAGAGAGAGUUCGCACUGAGACCGAUCUCCAGCGGGAGCUUCCAGAUGAACGGGAAAGCCCUGAUGCUGCUCACUAAAGAGGACUUCAGAUACAGGUCUCCACACUCAGGAGACGUGUUGUACGAGCUUCUUCAGCACAUCCUGAAGCAGAGAAAACCUCAGUCGCUCUCGUCGUACUUCCCGACCGGAUCCUUCCACACACACAACGACACGCAACUGAUGCACCACAAACAUGAAGAUACGGUACGCCGGCCGGCCCGCGCCACAGACGCUCAGUCGCUGCAGCUGCCCACCAUUGAGCUCCGUCACCGCGCGCGUUCACCGCAUCAUCACCCGCCAACCCUGCGCUCCUCGGCCGAGGACCCCCAGCAGGCGUCCGUGCAGAUGCCCGACAGCAACCACCACCUGCCCGAGGACCUGUACCCGCUGUCCGUGUCUCCGGCGGCCCACAACGGCCACCCGCGCGCCGCCAGCGCUAGCCCAGAGGAGCCGCCACCGCGCGUCAUCCAGCUCAUGCCCAGCGCCAUCAUGCACCCGCUGCUGCUGAGCCCAGGACGCGCCCCGGCUCCGGCGGACUUCCGGCACAGCCGCGGCGCCAACCAGGAGAAUGGGCGCGAGGUCAAAGGUCAGAGCGCCGUCCACUACGCGGCUCACGGUCUGAGUCUCGCGGCUCACCAGCUCCCCCUGCAGGACGAGAGACACUAUCGCAACCAGAUCAUCAUGCCUGUGUCUCCGCCCGAGGAGCAGGGCACGCCCAUGGGCCGCAUCGCAGACUGCAGGCUCCUGUGGGAUUACGUCUAUCAGCUGCUGUCGGACAGUCGCUACGAGAACUACAUCCGCUGGGAGGAUCGCGAGACUAAAGUCUUUCGGAUCAUGGACCCCAACGGCCUGGCCCGCCUCUGGGGGAACCAUAAGAACAGGACCAAUAUGACGUAUGAGAAGAUGUCGCGAGCGCUGAGACACUACUAUAAACUCAACAUCAUCCGCAAGGAGCCGGGACAGAGACUGCUGUUCAGGUUCAUGAAGACGCCGGAUGAGAUCAUGAGUGGUCAGUCGGAGCGUCUGGAGCAUCUGGACUCGGACACGGAUGAACAGAUCUACGUGAAGGAGGAGUGCUGAACUCCUCAAUCCCAUGAUGCCUCGCUGCGUGUGACCUCUGAACUCUGUGUGACAUCACACACACACACACACUGCUCUCGGCUCGUUCCAGACCUGGUCUUCUCGGUUUUCUAGUCUUGUUCUUCAACUUCAGCUCCACGGUGACAAUCACUUUAAUGACGAGCGACGCUCUUCUUUCUUAAAUCAGAUCUAGAAGCUUUUUAAUUCUCUUUGGUAAGAAUCUUGUACGAAGACCUGUUGCCAUUCGUAUAAACGUGGGAUUAAUAGAAUGCUGGUGAAAAUGUGAUUCAAUUCUACAAUAAAUUUUACUGAGUGACA